GUAUGCGACAGGAGAAGUCGGUGGGAGAAUUCGGAGUUCGUUGCAUGUUGCAGGAGUACAAAAUGAACUUACCAAUAAGUAGUAUUUGUGUCAGUAUUUAACAUACCGAACGACUGUCAAGCCGGAUAGCUAAAGAAGAAACGUUCACCUUAACACAUUGUUGCUGCAACUAUAGUCACGCUGUCUAUGCUAGCUAGGGUAUUAGCUAACGUAUAGACAUUACCAGCUACACGUUACCAAGGAGGUUACACAAAUCUCCUUGAACUGACUUUACAAUGUGCAUUUCAUUGCAAGUUGAUCCUUUGCUGUUUGUGCAGAUUUGAUCACCAUAUUUGUAGCUAAUAACGCUUGCUAGAUAACAUCGAAAAUGAUUCGUAAAGUUGGGAUAGUGGCGUGUAGUCGGUGGUUAUGUACCUCACAUAGUAAAUCCGUGCUCAUGAGACUACCAGUUUCUGGAGUGGCAGGACAUGGCAGCUACCUCAGAAUGCUCAGUACGUCUCCUACACGCCAGACAGUCAUGCCUGCCUGGGUAAUCGAUAAAUACGGUAGCAACGACGUCCUUAGGUUCACCAAAAAUGCCAGUUUCCCGAUGAUCAUGUAUCCGAACGAGGUCAUUGUCAAAGUUCAUGCAGCAGGUCUGAACCCCAUUGACCUGAGCAUGAGAGGUGGGUACGGAGCCGCCACACUUUCUGUGAAGCGUGACCCCCUGAACAUAAUGCAGACGGGCAGUGAAUUCCCCCUGAUCCUGGGCCGGGAUGUGUCAGGGGUCAUUAUGGAAUGUGGCCUAGAUGUAGGCUGUUUCAAACCAGGAGAUGAGGUGUGGGCGGCCAUUCCUCCAUGGAAGCAGGGCAGCCUGGCAGAAUUUGUGGUGGUCAGCGGAAAUGAGGUGUCACACAAACCGAAAUCACUGAGUCACACCGAGGCGGCGGUUAUUCCCUAUGUGGCCGCAACAGCCUGGUCAGCCCUGGUCAACACAGGUGGACUCAACAAGGACAACUGCGCAAAGAAACGCAUUCUGAUCAUCGGCGCCUCAGGUGGAGUUGGAACCUUUGCUAUCCAGAUGGUGAAGGCCUGGGGUGGCCAUGUGACCGCAACAUGCUCCCAGAACGCUGAGGGGCUGGUGAGGGGUUUGGGUGCCGAUCAUGUGGUUGACUACACAACGGGGGAUGUAGCGGCUCAGCUGAAGGCUCUAGAAAAGUUCGAUCUGAUCCUUGACAAUGUGGGCGGGGACACAGAGAAGUGGGCGCUGGGGUUACUGAAGCCCUGGUCCGGAGCCAAAUAUGUCACGCUGGUGACGCCCUUCCUGCUGAACACGGACACGCUGGGCGUUGCGGAUGGAAUGCUGCAGACGGGGGUCACCAUCGCCAGCAAGGCGCUUAAGCACCUGUGUAAGGGGGUUCACUAUCGCUGGGGGUUCUUCGCCCCGAGUGGUGUGGCACUGGAUGAGGUUUGUGAGAUGGUGGAUGCUGGACAGAUCCGCCCUGUGGUGGAAGAGCAGUUCACUUUUGCUCAGGUGCCUCAGGCCUUCCUGAAGCUGGAGAAGGGCCACGCCCGUGGGAAGACUGUAGUAAACAUCGUUAGUGGGGACACUGAGUGAUCACGGCUACUAGGAAACUGGGGAUGGAGCAAUAAAUCGUACCAAGUGAGAAGCCUAAAGUGGGGGACCCCACGUCUGAAGUCGUCAUCACUGGGGGUCCUUGGCAACUGCCAGCUAACACGUGUCCUUUGACUUCUUUGGGUGGAUAGACUGAGUUAAGUUUGUAUAAUGGGUUUCUAUGCUUGUUACCGGCAUGUUCUCUGAUGCAGAGACGUGUGGUCCUUUUUUUUGGCUGUCACAGUAAAACAGACAUAC